AUGACUAGUAUUAAUAUUAAUAGUAGCUGUAACAAUAUCAUUAAUAACAUUCACAUUAACAUUGACAUUGAUAACCAAACUAUUUGUAAAAGAAUCAAAUUUAAUGAUAUACACAGAGAUACAUCUUAUUCCAAGAAUAUUAAUAUUCAAACUAAACAAUCUAUAACUAAUAAUAAUAAUCAUAAUAAUGUAGUUUUUAAUAAUGAUGAAAAUUUGAGUACUGCUGAAAGUAGUGAUAAUGAAUGUUGUAGUAGUAGUAGUAAUAGUAGUGGAAGUAGUGAGAGUGAGAGUGAGAGAAGUUGUUAUGAAUAUAGUGGUGCCAGUGAUAGUGAAAAUACAGAAGAUGAAGAAGAGAAUGACAAAGUAGAGGAAGAAGAAGAAGAAAAAGAUAAUAUUGAUAAUCAUAUGCAAUGGCUCAUUGGAUCAUCAAGUGAAAUAUUGGUUUGGUCAAAAGAAAGAAUCAGAGAGAGUUUCAGACAUAUUCAUACUUUCGAGAGGAUGAAACUGACUACUAAUAAACGUACCAGUGUAAUGCUUGUAGAAGAUCUCAGAGAAAAGUUAAACAAACUAUCGUCGUCGUCGUCAUCAUCACAGUCAGCGCAAUCACCACCUUUAUCACAACCAUCAUCACCUGUAUCUAUACCUUUAGCUCUACCCAUUCCAACAUCGACAAUCACUUCAACUUCUACAUCUACAACAGUUGCCGUUAUAACACCAACCACUACAACCACUACAACCACAUCGACAACAUGCAGUAGUACUUCCACUACGAGCACUCCAACAUCUUCACCAAGUUUGCAACGCCACAACUCUUCACUCUCUGAGAAGAACACAAUCAUCAACAACAUCAAUAUCAACAACAGUCUAAAUGAUAUCUGUAACAGUAACAUCUACUGCAACACUGAUCUAGCAAUCAUCAACGGUGUCGGUGAAGAGUUUGAAAGUACACAACCAUUAGCAAAUGAACAACAACAAGAAGAAGAAGAAGAGGAAGAGGAAGAAGAUGAAACAGCAGCAGCAGAAGAAGAAGAACGAAACAUUUUAGAUGAUGAAGAUAAAGAAAAGCUGGAAGAUAUCACUGUGGAAAUAGAAUGUUUCGAUGAAUCAACGAUUGUAAAUAACUAUCGACAACUUACGAGUUCCACUGAGAGUGACAGUAGGCUGAUCGAUGACAACAACGAAUAUCACUUUCUCAACUUUAUUUUGGAAUAUGCAGAUUUGAAUUCGCUGCCCAAAGAGCUAAAGAUGGAUCAACUAAAGUCGAUACUCUUCCAGAUUAUCUAUGCACUCUCUGUUGCACAAACAGAGUUUGAAUUUGUACACAAUGACCUUCACGAGAAGAACAUCCUGUUGGCAUCACUCCCAGUAGACAAGCGAUACGUAGUCUUUCACAAACCCGACUUUUUAAACCCUGAUAUUACCAAAGCGGAUCCACCAAAGCUAAAGUAUAAAUCAUCUUCACCUGAAAUAUCAUCAUCAUCAUCAACAAAGUCAUCACAUUCACCAAAUGGCAAACAUUUAGAUGAUGAAAAUAUAUCACAUAAAAGAAAGAAAUAA